AUGAACCUUGGAUCAUUCUGUACUGUGAAUGAGGUAAGUAUUUCUAAUCUUGAACAACAAGUGGCUGGUUUAACUACUCUUGUUCGUCAAUUAGCUGUAGGAAAUAUGCAAACUGUGAAGGCUUGUGGAAUUUGCUCGGUAGUUGGGCACCAAACUGAUGCUUGCCCAACUCUUCAAGAAGAACCUAUUGAACAUGUCAACAUGGCUGGAGGUUUUCCUGGACAACCUCAAGGUAAGUAUGAUCCAUUUUCUAAUACAUAUAAUCCUGGUUGGAGGGAUCACCCGAACCUUAGUUAUGGAAACUCACAAGGGAACCAGGUUGUUCAGAACCGUUCUAAUUUUCAGCAGUAUAGACCACCAUUUCCUACAAGACAACAACCGGCCCAAAGCUCUAGCUCAGGUAUGAAUCUUGAAGAUAUUGUUAAGUCUCUUGCUACUAAUAAUUUACAGUUCCAACAAGAAACACAACAAUUCCAACAAGAGACAAGGUCAAGUAUUCAAGAAACAAGGGCUAGUAUUCAGAACUUGGAAAAACAGGUGGGUCAACUGGCCACUGCAGUCAACAGGUUGGAGACACAAAACUCUAGAAACUUACCAUCUCAAACAGUCGUUAAUCCUAAAGAGAAUGUAAGUGCAAUUAGUGUGAGAGGUAUGUCGCUGGAAAGGAAUGUUGAUUCGGAAAAUGAAACAAGUGUGGGGGACAUUGCCAACAAUAACGAGAAGUCUCAAGGUAAGUUUUCCUCUUUUUCAGAUUACAAACCAGUACCCCCAUUUCCUCAAGCUCUUUUAGAAACAAGAAAAACAAAGUCAAAUAAUGAUUUAUAUGAGACAUUUCGUGAAUGUGAGGGUAAUAAUUCAUUGUUAGAUUCUAUUAAAAAAGUACCUCGUUAUGCAAAGUUUCUGAAAGAGUUAUGCACUAUAAAAAAGAAACAAAAUGAAGGAAAAGUUGAGGAAGUGAAAGUGCAAGAAAAUGUUUGUUUGGCUAGUUAA